AUAGUCGAGCACUUCCUGUGUGGAGUAACAUGUUAUGAAAGCGUGGCGCGUAGGGAAGAGAGCGGCUGUGAAUGAGACUGGACACAAUAUUAAAGACUGGACGAGGCUGCAGGCAUGACCAGAGGUUCAGAAGGAGAAGCAACUCCACGCAAGCGUAAGGGGACUGUCCCGGCACGGUCUUUAUCGCCUCUGCUUUUUGUGGACAGUACUGGGGAGGACACAGAGUCCUCUGCAGCAGCGCAGGAGCACAAGAAAAAGAAGAAAGUGAAGGAAAAGCGAGCAGAGCAUGAACAGCUGAAAGAAGCGGGAGAGAGAGACGGUGGGCACAAGAAAAAGAAAGUCAAACACUCAGGUGGAGAUGAAAAUCUGGAAGCAGAAACGACUGAAGAGGUGGAAAUGCCCAUGAAGAAGAAGAAAAAGCACAAGAGAGAUGAAAUGAAGCAGGAAGGUGAGAGCAACGGUGACGUCAACCCUUCUGGUCAACCGAAGGACGAGGAAAGCUGUUUGGAAGCCGUUGGGUCUGAAAGAAAGAAGGUGAAGGUUGAGAUAAAGGCCAGCUACCCCGUUACGCCUUGGACUGCAGAGGAAAAGAAGAAAAAGAAGAGGAAGCAGAGGGAAGCAGGGCUGGAAGAGACUGGGCAGGGGGCAUGUGAUCAGAGCAGCGGAGAUUUAUCUGCGAAAAAGAAGAAAAAGCAGAAAGCGACAAACAGCAUCCAGGUGCUGCUGUCGGACAUAGACGAACCAGUCGAGGCGAGUUCCUCCAAAGACCCUGGACGCCAAGUGGACCCGACACGAAGCAGCUCCAAAAUGAAAAAGAGGAGGUCGGACGUUGACGAGCCAGCAGAGCGGAGUGGAGUCGACCCGGGCCAGUCUCCAGGGGGCUCCGGAAAGGAAAAGAAGCGGAAGAUGGUGAACGAGAGCCAGCUGCUUGAAACUACCGAGAUUGAGAACCAGAGCCAGGAGCCGCAGCUGGACGUCGAAAACCCAGAAGCAGCUUCGUGGUUAUUAAGUUCCACCGAGAUCCCGUGCGGAUACCAAGAGAAGAAGAAGAAGAAGAAAAAAAAGAGAGGAAUAAAGAUGAAAGACAUUGCGCUCAGGACUGCUGAUGACGAUAACACCGAUGGGUGGGAGACUGGUAAGGCUAAAUCGUCCCCAGUAGGUGAAGAACAGCUAGCAAGCAUGAUGGAGCAGCUGAAAGAGUUUGUUCCGAACGUGGAGAAGCUGUCGGCAGCGGUCAUUGUCGAAAUGGCCAAAUACGACCUGAACAGGUUCCGGGAGUUUAAAAAAAAAGGCAUGGCUAUAAGGUUCGGGAGGUUUACUGCAGAAGAAAACGAUAGGUUGAGGAAAAAUGUGGAGGACUUCCUUUCGCUGGCCGGAAUCGACUGCCCCCAAAAGCUGUUUUAUACAUCACGCUACCCUGAAGAAAUAAGCACGAUCAAGCAGCUCAAAGUGCAGUAUAGAUUCUUGACACGAAUCUGUGAAGGAAUCCCAAGGGCGAAGAAUCUUAUUUACAAGCGAGGAAGAAAGAUGUUUGACGAAUUGAAUUAUAAAGGCAGGUACACAGAGGAAGAGGAGGCAUCCUUGAAGAGAUUCCACACUCUGUAUGGGAACAACUGGAUCAAGAUUGCAGAUUUGGUGGGCCGGAGCGAGCAAUCUGUAGCUCUGAAGUUCUUGACGUUUGACCGCAAGAAUAAAGGACGCUGGAGCUACAAGGAGAGAAGGAUCCUGUUGAAGGUGAUGGAAGACGAGCUGCGCAAGACUCUGGACCCAGCCGAGAUGACCAACCUGGAGCAGGAAGCGAGCCCUGAGCGGAAUGUCAGGCUCCUGACCAUCAUCAGGGAGAAGCUCUAUCAGAACAUCCACUGGGUGGACGUGGCGGCCAAAGUGAAAACCCGCAACUGGGUGCAGUGCAGACAACAGUGGAUGCAUUUGCUAACACACAGGAUGAGCCAAGGGGAGGCCAUGUCUAAGAGUAACAAAUGUGUCCAGGCAAAAAUCAACUUGAUAAAUAGGUUGCACUCAAUGAAUGUGGAGGAUCAGUAUGACAUAGACUGGGAGGACCUCACAGAUAUAUUUGGGGAUGUGCCCCCUUACUGUGUUCAGCGCAUGUUCACCAGGUUGAAGGUCAGCCAUGUCCCCAUGUGGAAGAGCAAGUCCUUCGGAGAUAUCAUUGACUUCCUGCAUGAAAAUACCGUGCCGGCUUUAAAAGAAAAGAUCAGUAAAUCAAGAGGGAACAACAAGGAAGGUGUUAGAGACUCGUACGAGUGCCACAAAACUUUCAAUUUCUCUGACAUUUUUUACGAGAGCGAUACAGACUUGGAGACUGAAGAAUCGGACCAGGACACAUAAGAAAAGGAGAAAAAGAAAAAGCCUUGGGGGAAGGUUUUUCCAAGUCGACAGUCCUGGGGCUGUCCUCCAAAGCCUAUAGUAACAGUAUAGUCCUACUGUGAGGGACUGCGACAGCUGUACAUAACUACCUAGUGUAAAAAAGUACACCCUCUUCAGUGACUGUCUAGGCAUCUGUUUUAUAAUGCAUAAUGUCAUGACCGAAGGGCAUAUGUUUUUUUGAGCAUUUUUGUUAAGAAAUAAUAUGUAUGAAAGCCCUGUUAAAAAUAAAUAAAGUGUGCCUUUUCUGUCCUUCAUUGGACAUGAGGGACAUGCUCGAUCUGUGA